AUGCCGGUCCCAUGUUAUCCUUCUGUUGAUGGUAUUAUCCCAGAGUGGCUAAACGGAAGCUAUAUUCGAGCUGGUCCUGCCAUUUUCGACGGUGUCAAAGGAUUUACAGUGAACCAUUGGUGCGAUGGCUUUGCUGUUGUCUACAAAUUUGAGAUCCAGAAAGGAAAAGUUACCUUCAGCAAAAAGGCCGUUGCUUCUGAUGCUUACAAAAAAUUCAAGGAAGUCGGCAAGCCCGUCUACACAGAGCUCGGAACGAAAGCGCACACAGACACCAGCAAGAAUAUAUUUCAGAAAAUAGUUUCUAACAUGGUGAAUGCGGCCUCUUUAUUAAAAGUGAACCUUUUAUGUUCUCACGUUAUAAUUGAUGAAGAUGGAACUGCUUACACUGCGGGAGCGUCAUUUGCAAACGGAUUUAAAUGCCAAAUUAUCAAAAUACCCAAACCUCCAAAGCCAGCAGAGGUGCCAGGACUAGAAUAUACCAAAGGUUAUACCCUGGCUACCCUUGAUAACAAAAUACCUAAGUUCAGCGGGUAUCACCACAGCUUUGGGAUCUCAAAAAGGUGGAUAAUCUAUAUUGAACAACCGCUUUUCAUGAAUAAUAUGAAGAUGAUGACUGCAUAUUUCCGGGGUAGGACUUUAUUGGACUGCAUGGAAUGGAUUCCUCGUGAAAAGAACAGGUUCUUCUUAAUCGAUAAAAUAAGUGGAGGAAUAAAACCAAUUAUUUACGAGUCGCAAUCAGCUUUUUUCUUCUUACACAUUUGCAAUGCUUAUGAAGACAAUGGCGAGCUGAUCAUAGAUCUCAUAGCACAUGACAGUCCUGAAAUCCUUACCAAACUCCAUCUGAAGUACUUGAGAAAUGCAGACUUCUCCCUCAAAGACAAAGCAUCCGCGAGAAGAUAUAUUUUACCUUUAGUUGAUAAUCUUGAGGAUUUACCAGAAAAAGAAAAUCUUAUAAAAAGAGACAAAAGAGUCAGUGCAAUGAGAAUAAAGGACAAAAUUAUAGUGAACGGUGCUAUAUUAACUGAACCCAACUUCAACUUGCCUAACAUUAACCCAGCAUUUUCUUGUAAAAAGUAUCAAUAUUUCUAUGCCACCGGACUGUUCGGCUUGAGUGUGUAUCGGGCAAGUAUCGUCAAAGUAAAUGUUGACACAGGUGAAGUAUUGACAUGGAAGGAGAAUGAUGAUGCGAUUCCUGGCGAACCUGUGUUUAUAUCUAAUCCUAAGUGCCAAGAUGAAGAUGGGGGUGUCCUUCUCACUGGUGUUACAGACCUCAGAGAAGGAAGAAAAGAUUUUCUCAUUAUAAUAGAUGCUAAGACGAUGGUGGAAGUAGCCAGGGCAGAAGUAGAUGCACAUGUUCCUCACCUCUUCCAUGGCAUUUUUCUAUCAUCUGAUGGAUAGUUCAAUAAAUAAUGUUAAGUCAGAUAAUCAUCAAAUUAUAGCUGUAUUUAAGGAAUAUUUUUUAAACUGAUACCUCAUAAUGUUAAUAGAUUUUUUUUUUCAAUUUGUAAAUA